AUGGCUUCACAAGCGAAGAAUGUGGGAAUUAUCGCCAUCGAAAUCUACUUCCCUCCUACUUGCAUCCAGCAGGAAGUGUUGGAGGCUCAUGAUGGAGCAAGCAAAGGGAAAUACACGAUUGGACUUGGCCAAGAUUGCAUGGGGUUUUGUACUGAGGUUGAAGAUGUCAUUUCAAUGAGUUUGACAGCUGUUAGCUCACUUCUUGAGAAAUACGGGAUCGAUCCAAAACAGAUUGGUCGUCUGGAAGUUGGAAGUGAGACUGUACUAGACAAGAGCAAGUCUAUUAAGACAUUCCUGAUGCCAAUCUUUGAGAAAAGUGGAAAUACUGACAUAGAAGGCGUUGACUCAACCAAUGCAUGCUAUGGGGGAACUGCAGCUCUCUUCAACUGUGUCAAUUGGGUGGAAAGUAGUUCAUGGGAUGGGCGAUAUGGGCUCGUUGUCUGCACAGACAGUGCGGUCUAUGCAGAGGGACCAGCCAGGCCCACUGGAGGAGCUGCAGCUAUUGCCAUGCUAAUAGGACCUAAUGCUCCUAUUGUGUUCGAAAGCAAGUUCAGGGGUAGUCAUAUGGCUCAUGCCUAUGAUUUUUACAAGCCUAAUCUUGCCAGCGAAUAUCCAGUUGUCGAUGGAAAGCUUUCUCAGACUUGCUAUCUCAUGGCACUUGAUUCUUGUUAUAAAACCUUCUGUAACAAGUAUGAGAAGUUGGAGGGCAAACCAUUUUCAGUUGCUGAUGCCGAAUAUUUUGUCUUUCAUUCUCCAUAUAACAAGCUUGUGCAGAAAAGCUUUGCUCGAUUGGUGUUCAAUGAUUUUGUAAAAAAUUGCAGCUACAUGGAUGAGGCCUCUAAAGAAAAGCUAGCACCAUUUUUGUCUUUAACUAGCAAUGAAAGUUACCAGAGUCGUGAUCUUGAAAAGGCAUCUCAGCAAGUUGCAAAGCCCUUUUAUGAUGCAAAGGUGCAGCCAUCCACUUUAAUUCCUAAGCAAGUCGGCAACAUGUACACCGCAUCAAUCUAUGCUGCAUUUGCAUCCCUGCUUCACAAUAAAAAUAGCACACUGGCUGGACAGAGGGCAAUCUUGUUCUCCUACGGUAGUGGUUUGAGUGCCACUAUGUUUUCAGUCCGUCUUAAUGAGGGUCAACAUCCUUUUAGCCUAUCCAACAUUGCAACCAUCAUGAAUGUUUCAGAGAAGUUGAAAUCGAGACAUGAGUUUCCUCCAGAAAAAUUCGUCGAGAUCAUGCAGGUAAUGGAGCAUAGGUAUGGAGCCAAAGACUACGUGACGAACAAGGACACUAGUCUUUUAGCGCCAGGCACAUACUUCCUUACUCAUGUGGAUUCCAUGUACCGAAGAUUCUAUUCCAAGAAGUCUUCCGAGAAUGGCUCACUCGCCAAUGGUCACUGA